AUGACACAGUAUUUUCCUCUGUCCUCCUCUUCCUCAUUGCAGCUGGCAGGCGCUGCCAUAUUGGGGGUAGGCAUCUGGGUGGCGGUGGACAGAGUCUCUCUUCUGGGCAUUUUAGAGAACAUUGAAGGCGCGCCGCCUGAACUGGCCCAGCUGGCAAACAUCGGCUACGUGCUGAUCGGCGUGGGAGCAUUUCUGACCCUCGUGGGCUUCCUGGGAUGCUGCGGAGCCGUAAAGGAAAGCAAAUGCAUGCUGCUCUCGUUCUUCAGCAUCGUGCUCAUCAUCUUCCUCGUGGAGGUGGCAGCGGCGAUAGUGCUCUUCGUCUUUGAGCCUUUG